AUGCUCAACUUUGAUACUCAAGCAGCUGUGAAAAUGAGAGAGGAUCUUAUGAGACAAAGUACAUUCAGAAGUUGCAGUAUUGUCUUCAAGAAAUUUGAGUCGCCGUCAAAUAUUGAACUUGCAAAAGUGUUCAGACCAGACUAUACUGGAGGCAAUGAGAGAUAUAGGGACGAUACUGACGACGAUGAAUUUGCACUUAAAUAUUCAAAUGAUGACUUGUACUACUUUGCAAUUGAAUGUAAAUCACUGCAAGAAUGGCCAAAUCAAUUUACUUUCUCUGUGAGAAGAUUGUUUUCCGACCAAUUUACGAUGUUUUAA